AUGAUGAAACUGGGGAUGGUGUCACUACUUUCCCUGAUGCUGUGCAGUCAGGCCAUGGCUGCUUUCACUCUGAGUGGAACCCGCUUUAUCUAUGAAGAGGGCAGAAAGAAUAUCUCUGUUGAUGUGACCAAUACCUCUGACCAGACUUACGGGGGGCAGGUAUGGAUAGAUAAUCAGAGUCAGACCAGUGGUGUAUAUAUGGUGCCCACUCCGCCAUUCUUUAAGCUGGCACCGAAGCAGAAGCAGAUAGUCCGUAUUAUGAAGACGGAUAGCGGGGUUGCUUUACCGGCAGACCGUGAAUCCCUGUUCUGGUUAAGUGUGCAGGAAAUUCCACCGAAGCCGGAGAAAACGGAUGAGCCGGUGAUUUCUAUUGCGCUGGCAACUCAGGUGAAGCUGAUUUAUCGUCCGAAGGUACUGGUUCAGGGGCGUAAGGGGGCGGAGAAAAAGGUUGAGGUGGUUCAGAAAGGCGGGAGCAGCUACCUGAAGAAUCCGACACCGUAUUAUUUCGCAAUCACGAAAGUGAAAGUGAAUGGUCAGCCGCUUCAUCUGAGUCAGGAGGAAGAGAUGGCGGUGUCUGUAUUGGCUCCGUUCAGUGAGCAGAUGGUGAAAGGAAUAUCAUUGGGUGCGAAAAGUGUGAGCAUUGAUGCCAUCAACGACUGGGGGGGAGUGGAGACGUACAUCCUGAAAGGAGAUAAAGGAUGA